AUGUUGUUCACUCGUACUCAGAUAAACAGUUUAUGGCCAGCUUUAGAAUGGAAAGAACUACAGCAUAUUACAUAA